AUGACUUCUUUCCCAGUGAUGUUGUUUCUCAUAACUCUGCCAUUGUCAUCUAUUCUCACCGAGGGAAGGGUUCUGCCACAGAAACAAUCCCUCACACCUGCUGAACACACAAGAAAUGUAAAAACUGUUUUGGACAAGAUUGACUGCCAAGAUAAAGAAAAUGAUAUAGAAGCCUUGAAGGGGCUGUUCUGUGUGUCCCAUCAAGAUGAAACAUCAAUUGAUGACAUGAUCGAUGCUAACCAAAACAAUUCAUACCUGUCUACAGUUUUGACUGCUGUCAGAAAACUGUGCACUAACAAGCAUCAAGAGGACCCAGUAAACUCCCAUAACAUGGCCAAUAAGGCUGCAGGCACCAGAGUUGAUCAACAACAGGAAUAUUUUACUUGUAAAGUCAUCUUUCCGUUGGACGACUUUAUAGAAAUAGUGGCAAAUGUGUUGGUUUCCCAUUAA